UGCAGGGCCCGGUGGCUGACAGGGCAGGAAAAAAAUUGAUGGUGCUCUUUUGAUUUUUCUUUCCCCCUCUUUUUUCCUCUUUUGCACAUAGAGUCUCAUGUCUAAUUCUUUAGACAUGAUGAGCUGUGUGCAGAGAGUAGUUUUGCUUUCCAUUGCUGUUUUGCAUUCCUCAGUUGUUUUGGCACAACAACAAAUACAAGAGCAAGUCCUAAAAGAAUGCAGCCACCUUGGCCAGGUGUAUGCUGACAGGGAUGUAUGGAAACCGGAACCGUGCCAAAUCUGUGUGUGUGACUCAGGAGAUGUUCUUUGUGAUGACAUCAUGUGCCCUGAAGACGAAUUAGAUUGUGCCAUUCCAGAGAUUCCGUUUGGAGAAUGUUGUGCAGUUUGUCCAAAGCCAACAGAGCCACCUUAUCCUAGGCCUGAUAAUGGAGUCAUGGGACCCAGGGGAGAUCCCGGCCCACCUGGUACUCCCGGAAGAAAUGGUUCACCUGGUUCACCUGGCCUGCCAGGAACGCCUGGCAAUCCUGGCCCCCCUGGAAUCUGCCAAAACUGCCCUAGUUUCGAGACUGGCAACUUUGCUCCUCAGUAUGAUGAGAAAUCUGGAAUGAUAUAUCCACAAACUGGUGGUGGUAUUGGUAUGCAGGGACCUCCUGGCUCACCUGGACCUUCUGGUCCUUCUGGUCCACCUGGCCCUCCUGGACCCCACGGAUACCAAGGCAGCCCUGGUGAACCUGGACAAUCCGGCGCUCCAGGUCCUCCUGGCCCUCCUGGAUUGCUUGGUCCACCUGGCCCAUCUGGAAAAGAUGGAGAAUCUGGCAGACCAGGCAGAACCGGCGAACGUGGAUUGCCCGGAGCUCCUGGCCACAAAGGUCCCCCUGGAAUGUCUGGAAUGCCUGGAAUGAAAGGUCACAGAGGCUUUGAUGGAAGAGAUGGUGCCAAGGGUGAUUCAGGCGCUCCUGGACUGAAGGGUGAGAACGGCCUUCCCGGAGAAAAUGGAAGCCCUGGACCAAUGGGUCCAAGAGGUGCACCUGGUGAGAGAGGACGAGCAGGACCUCCAGGAUCUGCUGGUGGUCGUGGUAAUGAUGGUUCUCCUGGAGCAGCUGGCCAACCCGGUCCACCAGGCCCUCCUGGACCAUCAGGAUUUCCAGGCACUCCAGGUUUUAAGGGUGAAACUGGUCCUGUUGGUCCCGCUGGUUCUAGUGGGGGUCCUGGACCAAAAGGAGAACCUGGUCCUCAAGGCCAUCCUGGCGGUCCUGGUCCUGCUGGUCCUGGAGGACGUGAUGGAAGUCCAGGUGCAAAAGGUCCACAGGGCCCUUCUGGUAUGACUGGUCCUCCUGGUUUAAGUGGAGGCCGUGGUCCCCCAGGCACCCCUGGCACUAAUGGAGUCCCUGGACAAAGAGGCCCAUCUGGUGAACCUGGUAAGAAUGGCGGAAAAGGAGAACCAGGACAAAGAGGUGAACGUGGUGAAAAUGGCACUCCCGGAUCUGCUGGUCCUCCAGGUGAAGAAGGCAAGCCAGGAGCAGCUGGUCAACCUGGAACAAAUGGUAUACCAGGAAAUCCAGGAGAAAGGGGUUCUCCAGGAUUCCGUGGCCCUGCUGGUAGUAAUGGACCUCCAGGUGAAAAGGGUCCAGCAGGUGAACGAGGUGGCCCAGGCAGCCCAGGAUCAAGAGGUGUCCCUGGUGAACCAGGACGUGAUGGUGGCCCUGGCCUUCCAGGAAUGAGAGGAUUAACAGGAAGUCCAGGAAGCCCAGGAGCAGAUGGAAAACCAGGCCCUUCUGGUUCUCCAGGAGAAUCAGGACGAAGUGGUCCCCCAGGUCCAGCUGGUCCACGAGGUCAACCAGGUGUGAUGGGAUUUCCUGGUCCAAAGGGUAGUGAGGGUUCACCAGGUAAAAACGGAGAAAGAGGUUCGCCUGGAUCUCCUGGUAUACAGGGAGGACCUGGAAAGGAUGGUGAAGGAGGAGCACAAGGCCCCCCAGGACCUGGUGGUCCUGCUGGUGAAAGAGGAGAGCCAGGAGCAACAGGGCCACCUGGAUUCCAGGGACUGCCUGGUCCUUCAGGAGCACCCGGAGAGAGUGGAAAGCCUGGGGAAGCAGGUCAAAGAGGUGAAAAUGGAGUUCCAGGACUCCCAGGAUCUAAGGGUGAAAACGGUGUCCCAGGGGAACGAGGUGCACAAGGGCCUCAAGGGCCCCCAGGACUUAGAGGUGGAGUCGGCCCUGCUGGACCAGAAGGUGGAAAAGGCCCUGGUGGUCCUCCAGGACCUGCUGGGGGUAUGGGACCACCAGGUUUGCAAGGAAUGCCUGGAGAAAGAGGAGGCUCUGGAAACCCUGGACCCAAGGGAGACAAGGGAGAACCAGGUGGCAGAGGUGGAGAUGGCUUACCUGGCAAAGAUGGAGUACGAGGUCCUGUAGGAUCCAUUGGACCUCCUGGGCCAGCUGGCCAACCUGGUGAUAAGGGGGAGCCUGGCCCAGCUGGACCUCAUGGCCCAACGGGUGCUCGUGGUGGUCCUGGUGAUAGAGGUGAACAAGGUGCCCCGGGUCCUGCUGGCUUCCCUGGAGCUCCUGGACAAAAUGGAGAACCUGGCGGGAAAGGAGAGAAAGGCCCUGCGGGUGAACGAGGAGAAGCUGGACCCCCAGGUUCUGCAGGUCCAUCAGGAGGCCCUGGUGCACCAGGUCCAUCUGGUCCACAAGGAGGGAAAGGAGAGCGUGGUUCCCCAGGUCUUCCAGGUCAGGCUGGUUUUCCUGGUGGUCGUGGUCUACCUGGUCCUCCUGGUAACAAUGGUAACCCAGGGCCAGCUGGCAAUUCAGGUCCUCCAGGCAAAGACGGUCCUCCUGGUCCAUCUGGUAGUUCUGGCCCUCCUGGCAUUGCAGGUAGUCCGGGUCCUAAAGGUGAGCCUGGCACGCCAGGUGAAAAAGGUCCAUCAGGUCCAAAAGGAGAGGUGGGUCACCCAGGUCCUGCGGGAGUAUUAGGCACAAGUGGACCACGUGGUUCUCCGGGAUUGCCAGGCAUGAGAGGUUCGGUUGGCUCCUCUGGUCAACCUGGUCCAAAGGGUGAAGAUGGCAAACCAGGAACCAAUGGUAACCCAGGAGAACGAGGGCCUGCAGGACCACCAGGUCUUUCAGGCAUUAGGGGAAGCCCUGGAGAACCAGGCAGAGAUGGUAACCCUGGAUCUGAUGGUUUGCCAGGUCGUGAUGGAUCUUCAGGGCCAAAGGGUGAUCGUGGCGAAAAUGGUCCUGCAGGUGCACCAGGGGCCCCAGGUCAUCCAGGCCCUGCAGGUAAUACUGGUCCAGCCGGAAAACCAGGGGAUAGAGGACAACCCGGACCUGGUGGUCCAGCUGGUCCUGCUGGGCCUGCUGGGAUCCGUGGUGCUCCUGGUCCUGCUGGUCCACGUGGUGAUAAAGGUGAAGCUGGUGAACGUGGACUGAAUGGUAUGAAGGGUCAUCGAGGAAUGAAUGGUAACCCAGGACUUCCUGGUCCACCUGGUUCACUGGGUGCCCCGGGUCCAAAUGGAAACCCAGGACCUGCAGGUGCUAGAGGUCCUCCUGGACCAAGUGGUCCACCUGGAAAAAUUGGUUCAAAUGGCUACCCAGGCCCCAUUGGUCCUCCCGGUCCUCGUGGGAGCAGAGGUGAAUCUGGACUUGCGGGUCCACCUGGUCAUAGUGGGCUUCCGGGGCCUCCUGGUCAACCUGGAGCUCCUGGCCCAUGUUGUGGUGGUGGAGGAGGUCCUGAGCCAAGCAUGGAAAAAGGCUACUACAGAGAUCAGACACCUGAAGACAAAAUUGCAAUGACUGAUGUUAUAACUUCACUGAAAUCAAUCAAUAACCAGAUUGAAAACAUCAUUAGCCCUGACGGUUCACGGAAGAACCCAGCCCGUAACUGCAGAGAUCUGAAGUUUUGCCAUCCUGAACUUAAGAGUGGAGAGUAUUGGGUUGAUCCUAACCAAGGCUGCAAAUUGGAUGCUAUUAAAGUAUUCUGCAAUAUGGAAACUGGAGAGACAUGCAUCAAUGCCAAUCCCAAAAAUGUUCCACAGAAGAACUGGUGGACAAGCCCAGGACCUGAAAAGAAACAUAUUUGGUUUGGAGAGUCUAUGAAUGGAGGUUUCCAGUUCAGCUACGGAGAUCCAGAACUUCCAGAAGAAGUUGCAGAUGUUCAACUGGCAUUCCUUCGAAUUCUCUCUAGUCGCGCCUCUCAGAAUAUCACCUAUCACUGCAAAAACAGCAUCGCUUACAUGGAUGAAGCCAGUGGGAAUGUAAAGAGAGCACUUAAGCUGAUGAGCUCUACUGACAGCGAAAUCAAGGCAGAAGGAAACAGCAAAUUCACAUACACUGUUCUGGAAGAUGGCUGUACUAAACACACUGACGAAUGGGGUCAAACAGUCUUCGAGUUCAGAACACGCAAGACAAUGAGGUUGCCUGUGAUCGAUAUUGCGCCUUUUGAUAUCGGCGCACCCAAUCAGGAAUUCGGUGUGGACAUUGGCCCAGUUUGCUUCUUAUAAACCAAGAAUAAUGCUCAUUCUGAAGCCCAACCAAAAAAUCACACUCCAACUUUGCUCUUGUUUUAACCUUCUCAACAAUUAGAGUCAAAUCAACUGUAUCCCAGUUAUUUAUUUGCCAAAAUUCUGGAGAGAGGGGAAGGGGAGGAAGAGAUAAAUUGACAUAAAGGGUUACCUUUUUCUUAUUUUGCUCUUACACAAAGUACAACAAAACGCCUUUUGCUCUAUUUUCUUUCACCAAAAUCCCAUGUUUCAACAAUAUCUCCAUGGUGCUACGUUACAACCUCAACACUCAGUACAGCAAAACUGUGUAAUUUUAGUUGAAUACCUGCCCACUGAUCAAGCACUGACGAAUUCCAGCAUCCAAGUUUACCCUCCAUGAUAACAUGCAGUUCAUAAAGCUAGAGAGAAUUCCCUGUUUCAACUACCUCAACAUGGACAGAAACUGGGAUGAGUUUGAUGAUUCACACCGAAAAAGCCAAAGUAAAAUAUGUUGGGAGCCGUGAAUACAUCUGGUCAGAUUUUUUUGUUUGUUUCUGUACUGUGAUUUGUGGUGAACAGAAUACAGUCCAUCCGAAGAAGUGAAUGCCCUGAGGUCAACAGACUAAUAUAAGUUUAUUGCUGGACUGCAUUGAAUUUUUAAGGGUGCUCCUGUACUUUCCUGUCAUUGCUGGUCAAGACCACUAAAAUUAGGGAAGUGUAAAAAGAUAAAUGUGAUGGUGCUAGUUGUGUAUUUUUCACUUCUAAAUCUGCAAGCCAGGUUUAUUGGCUUGCAUUAAAACAUCAAGGCUUGACAACAAUUGUAAAUGUCUCUCAUCGAAAGUCAUACUGUUGGUAGGCCAUUCCUGAGGGCUUUUCUUCCUUCACUCUGUAAAAGUCAAUAAAGAUGCAAAAUCUUGA